AUGAUCCGCAUUCGUUGCAUGCCUUUCUCAACGCGCUCGGUACUUUGCAAACGUAUUGUAAAUCCUUUAUCCUAUCAUGGGGCCAUUAAAAAUUUCGUUGUGUCCUCAUACAUGGGUAACUGCCGCACAUUUACCUCUAUGGGAACGAAAAAACACUGUGAGGCUACGUUCACACAAUGCAACAGUAUAGUCGAGCCCGUGCUAGGGUGUGGUUGUGCAAAGCGCUUCUUCACGACGACAUCACUCGUCUCGAAUAGCGGCAAUGCUAUUACAAGCACAAACCGUAUGAUAGGGAGUGAUAUACCCCAACUGCCAUUCGCCUUUGCGACACAUCCAUCACAAGGGCGCCGCUUUUCCAGUGGGUGUUGCCUUACUCGUUAUACAGUCGCUAUAGCAAGUGUGGCAUACCACACUUCAUUUCGAGCCAUGCAUGUUCGAGGUAAAGCAACCGACGCCGAGCAAGGAAGUAGUCAUCCUGAGGGAAGUGAGCGCGAGCAUGAAGAAACUGAAGAUGGCAGGAAGAGUGAUGGCAAGAAGGCGAGAGGCGGGCAGCGGGCUAGAGCCCGCACCUUCCGAGAUCACAUUCGAGGCCUCAAGGAAGAUUAUAUGAAAUUUCCUGACAUCUAUAAUAGCGCCAAUGCCAUUAACUUUGUUAUAUUCACUGUCUUCUGCCUCUGCAGUACUGGCAGCAACACUGAGGAAAAGUGGUGGAUGGAUCGAUGGGGCCUGGACAACACGUUUCACCCGUCAGCCUGGCUGCUCCACUCGUUUCUCUGCCAAAAUUUUCUGGCUAUGACAUACGCCAUGAUCCUGUUGCACACCAUGUGCCAUGCCAUGCUGCCGACCGUCGGAUCGAGGGGAUUGUUAAUCUACGUCAGCGCCACCGCAGCUAUAUCCGGACUCAUUGUGUGGCUCGGCAAUCGUCUGUACUAUGGUCCACAUAAACCGGCUCCGGAGAAGCAGUUCGGGCCUUGGGACGUAGUAUCUGCUUUGUUCGUAAUGGAGUACCUUCACUACGGUGUUACCCCUAUAACAAUUCUAAACAGUUUUAACAGCUGGAUUCGCUAUGCGGUAUGGGUUGGGGAGAUCUGCGUUUUAUGUUUGGAUUGGCAAACAACGGUCGUGGGUACUGCUGUCGGAUUGGCGCUUUGUAAAGGGGUUCCUCGCUUCCGGGUUGCAAAGGUCACGGGUGUGUAA